AUGCAAAAGAUAAAAAGCAUAGUAGGUGGUACCCAAGCUGCACAAAAAGCAGCAGGAUGGCCGUCGUGGCUAACUUCUGUUGCUUCAGAGGCCAUACAAGGAUGGGUUCCCCGAAGUGCGGAGUCAUAUGAAAUGCUAAACAAAAUUGGGCAAGGCACAUACAGUAGUGUUUACAGAGCCCGUGAUCUGCAAACUGAUAAAAUCGUUGCCAUAAAGAAAGUGCGUUUCGUGAAUAUGGAUCCAGAAAGUGUCCGUUUUAUGGCCAGGGAGAUUUGUAUAUUGCGAAGAUUAGAUCACCCAAAUGUUAUGAAGCUUCAGGCUAUAGUUACUUCAAAGUUUUCAGGCACCUUGUACCUUGUUUUUGAUUAUAUGGAGCAUGAUCUUGCUGGGCUUUUAACAUCACCAAAAGUCAAGAAGUUCACAGAGCCACAGAUUAAAUGUUAUAUGCAACAACUUCUUCGUGGAUUGGAGCACUGUCAUUCUCGUGGUAUUCUGCAUCGAGACUUAAAGGGUUCAAAUGUUCUACUUGAUAACAAUGGAAUUCUCAAGAUCGGAGAUUUUGGUCUGGCUGCACGCUUUGAGCCUGGCCAACGUGAACCAUUAACUAGUCGUGUUGUAACUUUAUGGUAUAGAGCUCCCGAGCUUUUAUUUGGUUCAACAUCAUACGGCGUCGGCAUUGAUAUGUGGAGUGCUGGCUGCAUCCUUGCAGAACUCUUUACUGGAAGGCCUAUCAUGCCUGGAAGAACAGAGGUUGAACAAAUACAUAAGAUCUUCAAGCUUUGUGGUUCACCUUCAGAAGAAUACUGGAGAAAAUCAAAGUUACCUCUGGCAACUAGUUUUAAACCUAAGAAACCUUAUAAGCGACGCAUUGUUGAGACAUUCCAACAGCACCUGUCUUCUUCUGCUUUGGCUCUUUUAGAUGCCCUCCUUUCAAUUGAACCAGCCGAUCGUGGUACUGCAACUUCUGCACUCUCGAGUGAGUUCUUCACAACACCACCUCUCCCUUGUGAUCCAUCCAGCUUACCAGAAUAUCCUCCAAGCAAAGAGUUUGAUACUAGGUACCGGGAAGAGGAAGCUAGAAGGCAGAAAGCUGAAGCUAUGAAAGGACAUGUGCCAGAAUCUGUUAGAAACGGUGCUGUAGAAUUGAAAGCACAACCUAAAGGACAGGUGCCUUCUUUAGAACUUGAAUCUUUUCAGUUUCUUCUUAUGAAAUCCAUCAUUGUCAUAAUGGCCAACUUAUGCAUUACAGGGGCAGAUUGUAGCGAGAAACUACAAUCCUCAACAGGAAAACGGCAUAGGGAAGAAUGGAUUCGUCUACUAUAACUCGAUGAUCCACCAAUGUGCC